AUGUGUCCCAUUUUGCAUGUCCCUAUCCAUCCAACCAUCAAACCACCCUCCCACUCAACCGUGCAACCGCCGCAGGCAGAGGAGUAUGCGGCAUCACGGGGCAUGGCGGUGGUGGGCGUAUACGCGGCCAACGAGCGCGUGGACGCACCUGCAACCACCCAUGCAGAGGAGUACGCCUCAUCACGCGGCAUGGCGGUGGUGGGCGUGUACGCGGCCAAUGAGCGCGUGGACGCACCAGAGCUCGCAGCGGGCACCAAGCGCGUGGCGGACUGCGUUGCCAAGCACUGCACGCCCGCCUGCUGCCUGCUCCUAGACCCCAAGGUGAUGCAGCAGCUGCUGGGAACAGGCACGGGUGGGCAAGCAGGAGGGGCAGGAGAAGCAGAGUCGAAAUCUGCAGCACCAGUGGAGGCUCACCAUGCGUUCAAGCUGUACACGUGUGAUUCGGCCCGUGUGUGGCGCUUUCAAAAGCCGGCUGUAGCAGGGGGAAGCACGAGCGCAGCAACGAUGCGCGUGCGGCCGGCGACGGUGGCCAGCAUUCUUCAGAGCUAUCUGGAAGAGGGGCGGCAGUGGCGACUAAGCGAUUUUGAAGAGCACCUGGAUGACGUGUCGAGGACAUGUGUCUCAAAGUUUAAUCUUGGCGCAACCGCCGCUCCUUCUCGGGUGUUCUCCUAUAUAUUCAGCGGAAAGAGAUCGCAUGUGUUUGGUGGGCUGUUCGCCAUAGGCCUGCUAUCCUAUGUUCCCUGGUACUACAUGACGGCAGGCAAGAAGCAGCUGUCGCAUUCAGACUACAUGGCGAUGCAGGAGAAGGAGAGAAUGAGGAAGCAGCGCUUCUCCACCACCCCUGUCCACGAUGACACUCCUGCUGUUGCACCGUCCCCAGCCUCGUCUUCAUAG